AUGGGCGGCGAGUCGCCCGUCGGCGCGGUGGCGGCCGAGUUCUUCUCGGCGUACGAGACGUGGAAGAAGGGCCUCAUCCCGCGCGCGCGGAAGCGCGUCGAGCCGCCGGACCCCCCGGCGGCGCCCGAGGCGAAGGCCGCGCGGCCGGCGCGCGCGCGCGCGGCCAAGCCGGCGUCGGAGUCGGCGGCCAAGAACUGGAAGAAGGAGCUGGUGCCGGCGCCGUCCUGGACGCACGUCCGGGACAAGCUCAAGGCCGAGGAGGUCCGCGCGGCCUGCGCCGCGUGGGACGUGCCGACGAACGUGAGCCUCCCGGAGAUGAAGCGGCUCCUCUUCGAGGCCAUCGGCGGCCAGAAGAAGAUCCAGCCCACGGGCCUGGCGCCCAAGGGCCCCGCCGCCGGGUCCGAGAAGCCGCCGCGGAGCGGCUCCGCGCCGCGCGGCGGCUCCGGCUCGCGGCCGUUCCGGGACCAGCUCUCCCCGGGCCGCCAGGACCGCCGCGGCGGCGACGGCCGGGGCAGCGGCGCCGACGGCGGCUACGGCCGCGACCGCAGCAGCUACGGCCGCGACCGCAGCAGCUACGACGGCGACGGCGACCGCCGCGGCGGCGACGGCCGGGGCAGCGGCGCCGACGGCGGCUACGGCCGCGACGACCGCCGGGAUCGCGACAGCGGCCGGGACAGCUACUCGCGCGGCCCCGUGCCCCGGGGCCGGGACCGCAACGACGACGACCGCGGCAGCUACGGCCCGCCGCCGCACAGCCGCGACAGCUGCGGCUACGACCAGGGCGCCAUGAUCGUCCGCGGCGCGGGCCCGGACGCCGCGGCCGCCGCGCCGCCGCUGAGCGGCGACCUCGGCGCGCUCUUCAAGAGCCUCGCGUCGAGCGGGGCGCCGAUCAAGUUCGAGUACCACGCGGCCUGCCGGGGCAUGUACGACGGCGCGACGUUCAACACGGGCCAGCCGGGCUACCAGGGCGCGCCGGACGCCGAGCCCCGCCGGAGCCUGCCCGGCGACUACCAGGGCUCCGGCCGGCAGCCCCUGGGCCCGUCGACGCACCCGCUCCAGCCCAGCGGCCGCAUGGCGUCGCCCUACGACCACGGCUCGGCCCAGUACGACCGCUACGACCGGCGCCCGGGCCACGGGCCGCCGCCGGGCCACGGGCCGCCGCCGGGCCACGGGCCGCCGCCGGGCCACGGGCCGCCGCCGGGCCACGGGCCGCCGCCGCCGCCCGCCCACUACUACUCCUGA